CCUGGGUACGUCGGACGCUUCGUCUAAGGAAGACGCAGGGUAUUGGGAUGAGUAUGAAUGAGAGAUGGCCCCAUUAUGAACAGAAAGAUCAGACGAUUGCUUUCACAUAUACCAUUAACACUGCUGGUGUUAUUUCUGUGCCUUUCGACUCUGACAUGUUUUUUGGGGAUAGACACACUGGUAUCUAUCUACAAGAACAUAUUUGAUGAAGACUACCGAGCCUGUACUGAUCAAAUCAGGUCUUACCAACACAGUGAACAUUCAAAGCUGUUUGUCACUCUGUCCUAUCAUGGUCGCCUUGGAAACUGGAUGUAUGCUUAUGCAUCAUUGCUUGGCAUUGCAGCAAAAAAUAAGAGGGAGGCGUACCUGUAUUAUGCACACCCCCUUACAAGUUAUUUUGACUUGCACAGAACCCGCAUGGACCAUGCACAGUGUGUCCGGCCUGUAUCGGAUCCAACUCCCUGUACAUACGACAAGAGAUUCGAGACACUGCCAACAAUGAAUAUCACGAUAGAUGGGUAUAUUCAAUCAUGGAAAUAUUUCGCUGGUCUUGAAUCAACUAUACGAAAAGAGUUUGUAUUCAAGGAGUAUAUACGUAACGAGGCUGCGAGGAUGUUCAGGUCAUAUUCAAAAGGUGCACGUGAGUUGGUGACCGUAUGUGUUCACGUCCGUCGAACGGACAUGCUUAUUCCAGGCUCAUUGAAGCUUGGAUUUAAGGAGGCGCCAAAGUCAUAUAUUGUUAACGCCAUGGAAUACAUGAGAAGAAAACUUGGCGUCAUCAAAUUUAUAUUUGUAUCAGAUGAUACACAGUGGUGUAGGGCCAACUUUGAAUCUCCAGAUGUUGUGAUCUCCGACUCGGCUUCUAUGGGCGUUCACCUGGCGAUGUUAACGAUGUGUAAUCAUACUAUCAUCACCACGGGUACGUUUGGCUGGUGGGGGGCGUGGCUGGCAGGGGGGCUGGUGGUGUACUACAAGGACUUCCCUAUCCCAGGGACUAUUAUAGACCGUCAGUUCACUGCGGAAGAUUUCUACCCCCCAGGCUGGGUGGGGCUGAGUGGAUGAAUGGGGCUGCAUCAGUUACAACAGGUCACCUGUGGUGUGUUUAUCAUGGGAUGUGUCGACUAUGACAGGGAUUCAGGGUGGACACCUGGUCUCAUGUUUGAUAUGAGAUGUGUCUAGUGUUUAUCAUGGGAUGUGUCGACUACGACACAGAUGUGUGGUGUCAUAUCUGAGAUGUGUCUAGUGUUUAUCAUGGGAUGUGUCGACUACGACACAGAUGUGUGGUGUCAUAUCUGAGAUGUGUCUAGUGUUUAUCAUGGGAUGUGUCGACUAUGACACAGAUGUGUGGUGUCAUAUCUGAGAUGUGUCUUCAGGGAUUCAGGGUGGUCUGUUGAGGGAGAACGUGUGGGCCAACCAUUCAGGGUGGUCUGUUGAGGGAGGACUUGUGGGCCAACCAUUCAGGGUGGUCUGUUGAGGGAGAACGUGUGGGCCAACCAUUCAGGGUGGUUUGUUGAGGGAGGACUUGUGGGCUAACCAUUCAGGGUGGUCUGUUGAGGGAGAACGUGUGGGCCAACCAUUCAGGGUGGUCUGUUGAGGGAGGACUUGUGGGCCAACCAUUCAGGGUGGUCUGUUGAGGGAGAACGUGUGGGCCAACCAUUCAGGGUGGUCUGUUGAGGGAGGACUUGUGGGCCAACCAUUCAGGGUGGUCUGUUAAGGGAGAACGUGUGGGCCAACCAUUCAGGGUGGGUUGUUGAGGGAGAACGUGUGGGCCAACCAUUCAGGGUGGGUUGUUGAGGGAGAACGUGUGGGCCAACCAUUUAGGGUGGUCUGUUGAGGGAGAAUGUGUGGGCCAACCAUUCAGGGUGGGUUGUUGAGGGAGAACGUGUGGGCCAACCAUUCAGGGUGGGUUGUUGAGGGAGAACGUGUGGACCAACCAUUCAGGGUGGGUUGUUGAGAGUGUAGGGUGUGGCAAACACAUUCAGGGUGGGUUGUUGAGAUCUGGGUUAGAAUUGAUCUUCAGUAACCCAUGCUUGUCGUAAGAGGCGACUAAUGGUCAGAUAUGCCAACACAUACGAUUUUGUCAUAUUCGUUAGAUAAACAACAUAAAGUACGCAACUAUGAUAGCAAUAAAAACAUACAAUUUA